UUCUGGGCUCCUGCAAGAGUCGAAGCAGCAGCAGCUGAUGAAGAGGAUACUAAUAAGAGCACUCCGGACAACUAGGAAUAACCAGCAACUUUGAAAAUUAGAGCAAAUUGAGCCAAAAAGUAGAUAGUAAUGCAGGCCAUGCCCAGUGAGGAAGAAAACAGUAGCUUGAAUCAAAGCUUCAUGGAACAAAAGAUCACACAUAUUUUUGAACCCUUUGAGAACCUCAAGGGUGGAAAAGCUCCAUAGAUGUGCCUGUUGUGGGAAAAGCGUACAUAGCAAAUCACAUAUUACGCAUAAGAGGAUCCACACUGGAGGAAAGCCAUACAAAUUAACUGAAUGUGGGAAAAUAUUUAGUUAGAUCAGCUGCCUUGUGGUUCAUCGAAGGACCCACACAGGAGAGAAGCCCUAUAACUACUCCCAAUGCAGUAAACGCUUUUGCAAGCAUGACAACUUGAUGAUACAUCGGAGGAUUCACACGGGAAACAAUUGAAUGUGCUGAUUGUUUGAAAACUUUCCGUCAGAAUUCCAACCUAGUGGUACACUGGAGGAUGCACACAGGAAAGAAAUCAUAUCACUGUCCUGAUUGUGGUAAAAGUUUCAUUACAAAUUCUCAGCUGGUGAUACACCAGAGGACUCACACAGGAGAGAAACCCUUUGAAUGUCCUGAUUGUGGGAAAUGUUUCACUUGGAAUUCCCACCUGGUGAUACACCAGAGGACUCACACAGGGGAGAAACCCUUUGAAUGUCCUGUUUGUGGGAUAGGGUUCAAUCAUACUUCCACCUUGGUGGAUCAUCAAACUAUUCACACAGGAGAGAAACCCUUUGAAUGUUCAGAUUGUGGGAAAUGUUUCACUCGGAAUUCUAGGCUGGUGGCACACAAGAGGACUCACACAGGAGAGAAACUCUUUGAAUGUCCUGAUUGUGGGAAACGAUUCAGUUACAAUUACAGGCUGGUGGAACACCAGAGGACUCACACAGGAGAAAAACCCUUUGAAUGUCCUGAUUGUGGGAAACGUUUCAGUCAUAAUUCCAGCUUGGUGGAUCAUCAAACUAUUCACACAGGAGAGAAACCCUUUGAAUGUUCAGAUUGUGGGAAAUUUUUCACUCGGAAUUCUAGGCUGGUGGCACACAAGAGGACUCACACAGGAGAGAAACUCUUUGAAUGUCCUGAUUGUGGGAAACGAUUCAGUUACAAUUACAGGCUGGUGGAACACCAGAGGACUCACACAGGAGAAAAACCCUUUGAAUGUCCUGAUUGUGGGAAACGAUUCAGUUACAAUUACAAGCUGGUGGAACACCAGAGGACUCACACAGGAGGCCACAAACCCGGCUACCAUGGUUUCAGUUGGAAUAAUGACCUGAUGUACCAUCAGAGGAUGCGCACAGGAGAGAAACCAUUUGAAUGUCCUGAUUGUGGGAUAGUGUUCAGUCAUAAUUCCAGCUUGGAACAAUAUGAAUAUUCAGAUUGUAGAAAACAUUUCAGUCAAAAUUCUGAUCUACUGAUACACCAGAGGACUGAUACAGGAGUGACACCAUACGAGUGUCCAGAUUGUGGAAAUAGUUUCACUUACACACAGGAGAGAGAUUCAAGGAAAUCCACAUUAGGCAAGAAUUGA